AUGAUCCAGGAUUACGAGGGCCACAUUUGCAGCACUCCUCAGCAGGCCUUGGAAACCUGGAUUCGCUUUUUCCAGGAGAUGGAGGGUGGCCAGCGCAUUGAUGCCACCCAUCAGCGAAGUCUCUGGAUUGACAAUUUGAAGUCCUUCCAAGCGACCUCACUUCAUUUGGACAUUGAUGACAUCCCAUCCCUGGUUGAGCUCGAGAUGGCCUAUCGACAUGUACAUCCUCACAAAGCCACAGGUCCAGAUCGUAUUGAUGCAUCUUUGUGCGCAAAACAUCCUGCCAUGUUUGCGCGGAAGACCUACAGCCAACUACUCAAACUGUAUGCACAUGGACAAGAAAGCCUGCUGCACAAGGGAGGCAGACUCCAACCGAUUUGGAAGCAGAAAGGACCCCGACACCUCUGCUCUGCAUAUCGUAGUGUAUUGAUCUCAUCACACGUGGGGAAGUCACUGCAUCGAUGCAUACGUUUGCACACGGCUGACACCUUCGAGCACUACUUGCAGUCCCAGCAGAUUGGAGGCAAAAGAGGGGUUCCGGUCUCUCUUGGAGUACAUCAAGCGAGAGCCUUCAUGAGAUCCAGAUCGCGCCGUGGGCUUUGCACUGGACUGCUCUUUCUCGACCUCUCUGAAGCAUUUUACAGAGUCGUCAGACAGUUAGCCCUCGGCGGACCUCCUGAUGAUCAUGCAAUCGCUGCCAUAGGGGCACGCCUUCAAUUAGGCCCCGGGCGCUCGCAGGAUUUGCAUUCUCACCUGGAUGAACCUUCUGCGAUCGAGAGAGCGGGCCUUUCACCACAACUACAAGUUUUGCGCGCCCUACAGACACUCACUUUUAUGACGACCUUGGGCACCAGGCCUGGCGACUGUUUCGCAGACAUUGUCUUCUCGUUUCUUUGGGCUCGAUUGCUCCAAAGACUGGAACAGACUCUGCAACAAGCUGGCAUCCUGGAUGUCGUCCCAGAAGAAUGGGGGUUGCAGGUUGACGACUUUGAAAGCAUCCAGAGACCGCAGGAGAAGCUUUGUAAGCCCUACCUUGGCCCAACCUGGAUGGAUGACACAUGUAUUACAUUCUCUGCCUCCACGGUUGCCAAUCUGGAACUUGCAGCGGGCCGUAUUGGCAGCGAGCUUCUCAGCAUGUGUGAUGAAUUUGCAAUGUCGCCAAACCUUGCGAAAGGCAAGACAGAGCUCCUGCUUAUCUUCCAAGGACAAGGGGCCAGCAAGGCCAAGAAGAAGCACUUUGGUCCGAAUUCUCCUGGGACCUUUCCUAUCGUCACGGAGGCUGGCCCACGGUUUUUGAACAUUGUGAGCUCGUAUGCCCAUUUGGGUUGCACCCUACAUCAUCGAGGACUGACUCUGAUCCGGCGGAGGGAACUCUUCAGGACUUUGAUUCUCAGCAAACUGCUCUACGGAGCAGAAUCGUGGACACUUCGGGACCAACGUGACAGACAUUACCUACACAGCGCUCUUCUGCGGCUCUAUGGUCGACUUCUACCACAUCAAGGUCGGGCUCCGCGCAGCGAUGACGAGAUCCUUGUGCUGACUGGACUACCUGACCCAACCACCCUUCUUCGCCUUUGUCGCCUUCGCCAUCUAGGACUUCUCUACAAGUGCAAGGACACAGCUUGCUGGGGCCUGCUGAAUUCAGACCUUGACUGGAUUCAACUGAUCAGAGAUGACUUGCUCUGGAUGCACAGGCAACUGAUGAACACCUCGACCCUCCCCAAUCCACAACAAGACCUCCAACAAUGGGAGUACCUCACGCAGUACCACCCCAAUUAUUGGAAGCGCUUGAUCAGACGCGCUGGAGAUCACGAUGCUGGUCAGAGGCACAACACUCGCAUUGUGACACAGUUCCACCGAGAGGUCCUCCAGAUCUUACAUGAUGCAGGGCGACUUCAUGGUGAACCACCGCAAGCAGAACUUAGAGCCUCCAUACAAGUCCAUGCUUGUAUGCAAUGUGAACGCCAAUUUGCCAGCAAAGGAGGAUGUGGCGCUCAUCUUUUCAAAGUCCAUGGCAAGGUGAAUCCAGUCAGACAACUCUUUGCCCAAACGCGCUGUGGAGUGUGCCUGAAAGAGUACCACACCUUCUCGAAACUCAAAGCGCAUUUGAUCUCUUCUGCCAGAUGUCGGCAUACGCUGCAAGGCAGGAGACUCAGGUGGACACCUGCACCUGGCACAGGCUCCACCAUCGAGGGCGAGCUCAAUGCCGUGCAUGAUGGACUUCUUCCCCCUCUUCAAGCACAAGGUCCCAUGGUUGAAGCGGGCCCCUUGGGCGCAGACGUGGACUAUGACCUGGACAUUAUCGAAGAGCUCUACAUGGACCUUUUGGAGCUCGAUUCGAUGGAGGAGUGUGAGAAAGCAGUUCGAGAUGUUGCCAAGCGCCAUGCUGAUGCGCAAGUGCUUAGAGUUCCUGGUGGAGAAGUGAGACGUCUGCUGCAGGCGUUGCAAGAGCCCUCAGCUUGGACGUUUCUUUGUCAGUCUUCCACGACACACCAUUCGGUAUGGCAUCGCCCCAUUGCGCAAUUGGAACAAUUCUGCGUUGCCGAGUUGGAGAGGCCUAUGGAGGAGCCUAGGCGAGGGGAUUUUCAAUUCUAUGUGGACUCGCUGCAACACCUACAUGGAGGCAUGCAGAUCUACGUCCUCUCCGUCGACAUCGUCAUCGACGACAAGUGGGGCGACUUGGCCAAUGAAGAGACGUCCUCCUUGCGAAACGUGGUCGAGGGCGCGAGGCAAGCCCUUCAAGAGUUGCGGUUCUGGAACACCCUGCAACCCCGCCGGAAGAAGAGGCAGCCUCGAUUUGGAGGACACCGAUCAUGCAGCUCUUGCUACAACUGCCAGACUUUACGCAGAUCACAUUGGCACAAGGGCUUUGGGGAGCGCACGCAAUCCGCAAAACCCACGACCUUUGCGAUUCUCAAUGCGCCGAACUUCUACGAGGAUCUCCAUGAGGGCAUGAUCACCAAGGACCUCCCCAAAGGCAUGUCCAUUGGCCGUGAUGAGGCGGGCCACUGGGCCACCGCCAAAUUAAAAGAGUACCCGCCAGGGCUCUGCUUAGCUCUGGCAAGAGGUAUUCUCCAGGCUAUUAGCCAACUUGCCCCGGACGAUACCGACGAGGCCCGGGUCUCCUCACAAUUUCGGGAGCUAUGCUCGCCACUUAUUUGCACAGAAUUUGGCAGUGCAUAUGGCCCCGACUUUGCAAGUGGAGUGCUUUUGUGA